GGUAUUGGGAAAAUGUUGCUACGGACAAAUGUGUUGGAGCCAAAAAUGACGACUAUAAAGAGAUUAAGCACAGCGGACCAAGCAGAUUUAUUACUAAGAUGAAAUUGGUCCACAAAAAAGGUCAGAUUGGAUGCGCGUAUGGGCAUGAUUCAAAUUGGGGAUGCAUCAGUGCUCUCCUUACGGGGAUCAUCGUUACAGGUGUGAAAGAAACUACAGUAAGUGGAAAUCUUAAAAUUGAAACAGCCUUGAAUCUCACAACUACCGUAGUAAUUUUUACAACAUCUCAAAGUGGUUAA